CAAGCGUGCUCGUCCUCGCGGAUCCAAGAUGGCAGUUGUUAAUGAGCAGUUCUUCCCGGGGAAAAGCGCCAGCUCUGACAUCCAGCAGGAGAAAUAACUUUGAAAUCAGUGAAAUUGUUUCAGAAGAUCGUUGCAAAGCAACAUUCGGCACUGAGAAGCACAGGCAAAUACUGAGGAGGAUGAAUAACACAUUGGUGUAAAAGAUUGGUUUCACGGAAUGCUUCAAGGAAUGAUAUUGAGAGUCUCCUAUCCGGAUACCACUCGCUUGAGCUGCCCAACGGCAAACAAGGACGUCGGGGACCGCUGAACUCAGCGGGGCACGCCUUCCCUUCUUCCGAGCCCACCACCAGACGACUCAGAGUGUGGAUCCCGGACGAGCCCCCAAGCUUUUUCACAGGGUAUUAAAAUGAGAUCUUUAAAGUUUGGAGACUGAAGCCAAGCAUCACAUCAGGGUCUGAGAGAGUUAUUCAAUUUAUCAAAACCUGAAUAUCCUUGGAUGGUGAACAUGGAAAGAAAAAGCACGGUUCACAGUGGGGAAAAACCAUACAUGUGUUCGAUGUGUGGACGAGGUUUCAGCCAAUCGUCUGGUCUAUCAAAACACAAGUGCAGUCAUGCUGGGGAGAAACCGUGGAAAUGCGGAGACUGUGGGAAGGGAUUUAAAUCACCUUCAAAGUUGGAAAUGCACCGGCGCAGUCACACUGGAGAGAGGCCAUUUACUUGCACCAGAUGUGGGAAAGGAUUCACUCAAUCAACUCAUCUCUUGAAACACCAGCGAGUUCACACCGGGGAGAGACCAUUUACCUGCUCUCAGUGUGGGAAAGGAUUCACUCAGUCAACCCACCUGCUGGAACAUCACCGUGUUCACACUGGGGAGAGACCAUUUACCUGCUCUGAGUGUGGGAAAGGAUUUACUCACUCAUCCAACCUGCUGAAACACCAACGAGUUCAUACUGGUGAGAGGCCAUUCGUUUGCUCUGAGUGUGGGAAAGGAUUCGCUCAGUUAUCCAGUCUGCUGUCACACAGGCGAGUUCACACAGGAGAGAGGCCAUUUACCUGUUCAGAGUGUGGAAGGGGAUUCACUGUCUCCUCCGACCUGCUGAGACACCAGCAUGUUCACAAUGAAGACAGACCUUUUAAGUGUCCAGUCUGUAGAAAGAGCUAUAAAAGUUCUGGGGACCUGAUGUCCCAUCAACGUGUUCACACUGAUGAAAGACCGUUUAGAUGCUCUCACUGUGGGACUCGGUUCAAGCGAUCAUCUCAACUCACUGUUCACCAACGAAUUCACACUGGGAAGAGGUCAUUCCUAUGUUCCCAGUGUGGGAAGAGAUUCUCUCAGUUAUCCCAUUUGUUGAGACACCAGCGAGUUGAAAAGAAACUACAGUCUUUGGAAGUUGUUGCUAAAUCUGACAUGAGUGAUUAAUAACUAAUAAGGUGGUGGUAUGGAAUAUUGUCUAUUCUUAAAGUUAAUUAUCAACUGAAAAUGUAGAAGAUGCAUCCGAGGAUACUCAGGGAUAUGAGAAGGGAAAUUGCAGAGUCUGUUGUCAAUUGUAUUUUUCAGUUUUGACACUUAUUAAUGAUGCCAGAGAAUUAGGGAUUUAUAAACAUUACAUCGUGGUUAAAUCAGCUUGGCUUUAGUGGUUGGGAGAUUUAUAAACAAUAAUUUGAGUUUAAGAAAUUCUCAAAUGGACAACUGCUGGUUAAUUAAGGAGAGCCAAUGUAAUUUUAAGGGAAUAUUAUGUCUUAACAACUUCCUAGAGUUUUCAGAGAUAACAGAAAAGAUUGAUCACCCCUAUACUGUUGAUGUGAUGUGUAUGAACUUCCAAAAAGCAUUUGCCAGAGUGCCACACAAUAGACUUGUGAGUGAAGUUACAACUCAUGGAGAAAAACAGAUAGUAACAGCAACAAUGUAGAUUUGACUGGUUGACAGGAAGCAGAACAUUGUGAUGAAUCAGUAUUUUAAAGGCAGGAGGAAAUUUUGUAGUGGAGUUUGCCAGGGAUAAGUGUUGAGUCAUUUGCUUUUCCUAAUAUUUAUUGUUACAAAUUGGUUUAAAAUAACCUUUAGUACAUAUUUACAUGUACGUAUAGUGACAGUGAACUGUCCAACAAGGAAAGCUGCUAUAAUCGCAUUAUUUGAAUUAACAGUAAUCCAUCAUGGUUCCUUUGAAGUGAAAGUCAGCCAGAGAAUCAGCAUUUCAUAUACCCUUUACUGAAACUGCAUUGUGAAACUGUUGUGCAACAUACUCAUAAAGACAGAAUUUGUUUGAUAAUUCCCUCACAAAAGAGGACUGCAACUUACACUACCAACGAGAAGCUGUCCUAACCUUAGAGAUGGGUCUUAGUUGUUUUGUUUAUCAGCAGUGCAAGUCUGGUGGUUACUGCCUGCCCCUACCACAACCCCUCGAACCCCAGACCCCCAAGGAGGCUUGAUAACACAAUUUCACUCAACUGCAUUUAAAGUACAGAAUUUUGAAAAAGCAGCUUGUUCAGGGUUCAAUGCUGCUUCAUACUGCAUUUACUGAUGCUAUCAAAAACUUCAGCCGGCAGAGUCUAGCUGGUUAGAAAUAGCCACAACAGCCAUUUGUUCUAUUAAAGAUAAUCAACUUUAUUUAGUCAGAAACCACAGAAAAGAGUCCACCAAGCAAGUGGUAAAAUAUAACUUUCCUGUUAAAGGGGCAAGAUUUAAUUACAAACUGCUUAGUGGGCGGUGGUGAAAGAUCCAGGGAGAAAUUCCGAUGGACUGUAAGGUGUCUACGAGUGCUGAGACCACUCUGACUCUGUGAAUGGCCUGAAAACCGAAGGAUUGAUGGUCUUUUUUUCUUUUAAAGAGAUUAACUAAAACAGGCAGUAAUAAUUGAAAUAGAAAUGUAAGCAAAAUUCCCACAAGCAUUAUAAAAGGAAAAGAGUGAGUGAAAAUUGAUUUUAUUGAUAAUGAAAAUGGGAUGUUAUUAGUAAAUAACAAGAAAAUGGUGGAUUAAAUAACAAAAUAUUUUGCUGUCUUUGUGAAAUAACUGCACAGAGGCUGGGUCCCGUUGCCUAGUUACCCUUUAUUUACUGAGGGCUAGCAGUCUUUUCUGCAGUUUAGAACUGUGACUCACACUGGUGUACCACAAGGAUCUGUCUGGGUCCUCUUCUAUUUGUGAUUUUCGUAAACGAUUUGGAUGAAAGACUGGAGGGGUGGAUUAGUAAUUUCACGGAUGAUACAAAGGUGGGUCAAGUUGUGGCUAGUACGGAGGGCUGUUCUAGGUUACAAAGGGACAUUGAUAGGAUGCAGAGCUGGGCUGAGAAGUGGCAAAUGGAGUUUAACCCUGAAAAAUGUGAGGUGAUUCAUUUUGGAAGGACAAAUUUGAAAGCAGAAUACAGGGUUAAUGGAAAGAUUGUUGGCAGUGUGGAGGAGCAGAGGGAUCUCUGGGUUCAUGUCCACAGUUCUCUGAAAGCUGCCACUUGAAUAGAGUUGUUAAGAAGGCGUAUGGUGUGUUAGCUUUCACUAAUAGAGGGAUUGAAUUCAAGAGCCGUGAAGUUAUGCUCCAGCUAUACAAAAGCCUCGUUUGGCCACAUGUGGAGUAUUAUGUCCAGUUCUGGUCGUCUCAUUACAGGAAAAAUGCUGGAAAAGGUGCAGAGGAGAUUUACCAGGAUGCUACCUGGAAUGGAGGGAAGGUCUUCCGUGGAAAGGUUGAUAGCGCUAGGGCUUUUCUUUUUAGAACAACGAAGGAUGAUAGAGGUGUACAAAAUGAUCAAAGGUGUAGAUAGAAUGCACAUCCACAGACUUUUUCGUUGGGUGGAGGUAGCUAUUAUGAGGGGGCGUAGUUUUAAAGUGAGUGGAGGUAGAUAUUGGGGAGAUGUCAGAGGUAGGUUCUUUACUGAGAGAAUGGUAGGGGUGUGGUCGGAGACGGUAGUGGAGUUGGCCUCAUUAGGGGCAUUUAAGUGGCUAUUAGAUAGGCAUAUGGAUGACAGUACAAGGGUUGGAGGUUAGAUAGACCUUAGGAUUAGGGUAAAACUUUGGCACAACAUCGUGGGCCGAAGGGGCUGUACUGUUCUAUAUGUUCUGAUGAGCCUCAUAAGUGGGGAUGGACCUAGUUCUUGCACCAUUGGGUGUGAAUUAAGGGUGGGAGCUAGUUUCUGACAAUAUGACCAUCCUCCCCUGCAUGCGUCCUGGGGCUGAAACCGAAAACUAACAAUGAUGGAGAGGUGACAGCAAAUUGGAGUCAAAGUGAAAUAGGAGGUUUCAUAAACACCCAGUACACCCUGCCAUACCCAAAUCAGAAACUCUUGGUCCCGCAUUUCCAGCAUAAAGGAAAACGGCUACCCUUCUCACGCAGUGAAGGGCCCAGGUUACCACCACUAGCAUUACUGGGGUCAAUAUUGUGUAAGAUGCAAUUAUGAUCACUAUUUUUAGUGAGGUGUAAUGUGGAAUAGGGCAUGCACACAACCUAUCUUUUGAGUCAAGAGGAAUAGGUUGACACCCACACACAGUAAGUUCAAUCCAUGUUUGUGAUUUCUGAAUUUCAAAUCCCUCACCAUCAGAUUUUAACAUGAGAUUAGAAGGUGAGGAUUUAUACACAAACUGAAAUCAUAGACAUCUGCUCAUUCUGCAUUUCUUUCCUGGGUUAACAUUGACAUAUGUAGCACCUUUUACAGAACAGUAGAACAGGAUUCAUAGACAUGAAGCUCAAAACAAACAUUACAAAAAGACCUGUUAAUCAAGUCACAGGGAUGAGGAAGUGUAAAACGUUUUGGCCUUUCAUGGAGUGCACAGUGUACUUACAAAAGCGAUACAGGAUUCCACAUUUAUAUUAUAAGCACAUGUUAAAAAGUGCACAGGGGAUUCAUUAUAGACUUGAAGCAAGUUGCAUCUCUGGAGCACAAUCCAGUCUAUCUCAUUCCCUACUCUGUUCUGAAAGCCGUGCAAGCUUACUGAUCUGAUUUCCUUUUUCGUGCAUUUAUCAUCUGUACUUGCAUCACUCUCACAAGCAGCUCGUUCUGCAUACUAUCAGUCACUGCAUUUAAAAAAAUUCUCACUCAUCUACCUUUUUUGCAACAUUUUCAUAUUUGGAAACAGCUUUCGCUUUGUUUCCCUUACCUAAACCUCUUAUAAUUAUGCACAUCUCUAUCCAAUGUUCCGUCAACACGUUUUCUUCAAGGAGAAAAUGCCAGCUUCUCCAAACUAACUCUUUAUAUCUAAAUGUCCUUUUGUUUUCCAGGAUUCAUCUAGUAACCAAAAGUGGGCACAGUUGUGACCGAAGCAGAUCCUUAUAAAGUGGGUGGCAUGGUGGCUCAGUGGUUAGCACUGUUGCCUCACAGCACCAGGGACCGAGUUUGAUUCUACCCUCGGCUGACCAUGUGGAGUUCGCAUAUUCUCACAAUGUCUGUGUGGGCUUCCUCUGGGUGCUCCUCUUUCCUCCCACUGACCAAAGAUGUGCAGGUUAGGUGGAUUGGCCAUGCUAAAUUGCCUGUGGUGUCCAGGGACGUGUAAGGUGGAAUAGCCAUGGGAAAUGCAGGGUGACAGGGAAGGGGUAAGUCUGGGUGGGAUGCUGUUUGGAGGGUUACUGUGGCUUUUUGGGCCAAUUGGGUUCUUACCACGCUGUAAGGAUUCUAUGAUUUCUAUUUCUACAUCUUUCCCAGAGUUUGAUCACAUUACCUGUAAUCCUGAAGCACAGGAUCCUGCAUGUUUCUCUAAAUGUUCUCUUAAUAUGUCCUGUCACUUAUUGAAGGUUUUUCACCAUAGCAUCUAGGUCUGCCUGUACCUGCAUGCCUUUCAAUCUGUGCCAUUCAGGAUACAUUCACUCUCCCUAUUCCUUCUGAAAAAGUAGUAUCACCUGAUGCUCUCCAAAGAAGAAUGAAAUUCAAUAAAAAACAAACUUUCCUUCUCUCGCAGAGUCAUAGAGGUUUAAAGCAUUACUGCUGCCCUUUGGCUAAUCUACAUCAAGCAACUAUCUACUUUUUCCCUAUUGUUCAGCACUUGGUGCAAAGCCAUGUGUGUUCUGAUGCUUCAAGUGAUCAUCUGAAUACUUCAAUGUUUUAAAUGGUACCCAUCUCUACCAAUCUUUCAGUCUGUGAGUUCUAGAUACCCCACCACUCACUGGGUGAAAACAUUCUUCCUUAAAUACUGUUCUAACCCUUCUCUUUACACUGAUUCGAUUGAUCCCUCCAUUAGGAGGAAAUGUUUCUCCCUGUCCCUGCCCUUCAUAUUUUUGUAUACAUGAAUUGUGAUUGCCUACCCCUGUGGAACGGACCCCUCCUAUUUCAACUGUAACCUUGUAUGCUCCCUAACAACCCCAUGAUCUGUGUAUCUUUGUUUGUUAUGAUCUAUCUGUACUGCUUGCAAAACAAAACUUUGUAUGGUAAGGUCAUCUGAGAAUCAAACUUCUGUGUAAAACACGCUUAUAGCAUGCACUAACCGAUGUUCAGCAAAUCU